CUAACCUUCUUUCUUCUCUCGUCCUCACACCCCAUAUCUCUUCUCCUCUUCACCGCACCCCUCGUCCUCACAUAGUUGCCCCCUUCUGAUCUGUGUUCCUCUCCGGUUUAAUGGAUGCUAAAGCCACCUCUACUCAACUGGGAGAUGCAGUGGAGGUGAAGUCGCCACUUGAGUACUCCGACCGCCACCAAUCUGAACCACAUCUUUCAGAUCCGAAAAGUGUGAAGUCCAUUCGAAUUUCGGAUCUGGAAAAAAAGCCUUGGGUAAACCCAGUAAUCGUUCGGUUCAGUGAUUGUUCCACUAAAACAGAUCCUUAUUGGCGGUUGAGGAAAAAGCACGGCUCCAACCUGGUCAGUGACACGUUCGAAGGGCUGGAUGGCUUGGAGGACUCAGGGGAUGAGGCAACCUCCAGAUAUUUUGAGGGUGAGGAGCCAUAUGGGGUUGGUGAUUCCGCUGCCGAACUGUUUGCUGACACUCCUCCUUAUACUCCAAAGGGUUAAUUAUAUGGGCAGUAUUCUCUGUCUCUGUACUAUCUUUAUUUUUUUGAGUAAUUGUAUGUUUGUUGGCUAAGGUGUAUGAUGUGAAAACUAAGGAUGAAUUGGGGGUACUGAUUAUGAAAUUGUUGCUUUUGAAAUAUGAUGACUCAAUCUAUUUUGUUUGAUUGAGGCUGAAAACAUGUGUUGCCUAGUGCUUAUGUGCUAUUCUGUAUGCCCAAACUGUGUCUGUGCAUUGUAAAUGUG